GGUAAGGGCUAGUCAAGACCUGCUCUAUCCUUGGCAUUUAACCUCCAUUCGAGGAGCUCUCAUGACUCCUAGCAAUUAGAUCUCCAUCAAUAUCAUUCUAGCAUCUCUCACAGGUUCUUAGCUCCUAUCUCUGACAAUCUGUGAAUCAACACUUAUUUCUCCAGUGUACAUUGUGUACUUCCUGCCUCCACCCCCACCCCAAGACUAGAGAUGCUUCAAGCUGAUUCAUUUAAAAGAUGGAACAAAGCUCAGGAGGAAUCCUAAACAGAGUACAGAGGCUUACCUAAGAUUGGUGGAAUCAAGAUGACUCAGGUAUUUGUUGAGGCCACAGCAUUGUCCAUAAUACCCUUUGGACUGGCCUGGUUUGAUGGAAUCCUGGGACUGGGCUACUCUGAACAGUCAGUGAGCAGAAUCACUCCUGUCUUUGACAACAUAAUGACACAAGGGGUGCUGGAGGAAGAUGUCUUCUCAAUCUACUACAGCAGGAUUGCCCUCAAGAAAAUGACCUCAGCCAAAGAGAGCAUGCAAAGAAAUGAAAAGCUACUGGAGAACCAUGAAUUGGAAAAGUACUUGUAUGAUGAAGUACCCUCUGUUGUUCUCACCGAUAUUGCAGAUACCCAAUAUUAUAGUGAGAUCAGUAUUGGCAGUCCACCCCAAACCUUCAAAGUCAUUUUUGACACUGGCUCUUCUGACUUUUGGGUAUCCUCCAGCCAAUGUGACCCAAUCGACUCAACAUCUGAGUUAUACAAGACAUUUAAUGCCUCAAAAUCCUCUACUUACCAAACGAAUGGUUCUGAAUUCAUCAUCCACUAUGCAUCGGGCUGGGUUGAGGGUUUCCUGAGCCAGGAUAUACUGACUAUUGGUGAAGUGAAGGCGACUCAGUUAUUUGGUGAGGCCACAACGCUAUCCACGAUACCCUUUGAACUGGCUUCAUUCGAUGGAGUCCUGGGCCUGGGCAACCCUGAGCAGUCAGUGAUUGGAAUCACUCCUGUCUUUGACAACUUAAUGGCCCAAGGGGUGCUGAAGGAAAAUGUCUUCUCUAUCUACUUCAGCAGGAAGUCAGGGGAAGUCGGAGAGCUGAUACUCGGAGGCACUGACCCCAACUAUUUCCAAGGGAACUUUCACUACAUCAACACCAGCUGUUCAGACUUCUGGCAGAUCGAGAUGCAAGGGGUGACUGCCAAGUCUUAUGUGGUGUCCUGUAAGGAUGGUUGUAUUGCAGUUAUGGACAUAGGAACAUCCUUCAUCACAGGCCCAUCUGAGCCCAUAUGGACACUGAUGAAGAUGAUUGGAGCUAAGGAAGAUGGGGAAGAGUAUUUUGUAAAAUGUAACCAGAAAAAGAGGCUCCCAGAUAUCUCCUUCACCUUUGAUGGCAAGACUUUCACACUCCAAGCUUCCGACUAUGUCUUACAGAAUGAGGACAGCAGUCAUGAGAUGUGCCAGGUUGCCUUUUAUGGCAAGGAUGUUGAUAACCUGGAAGGACCUCUGUGGCGCCUGGGAGCAAUCUUCAUCCGAAAGUUCUACACGGAAUUUGACCGGAACAACAAUCGCAUUGGUUUUGCCUUGGCAGUCUGAUCUGUCUCUGCCCACAUCCCUGUUUGAGCCUACUUUUUCUCCCUGUUGUGCUUCAAUCCUUGGGACAGAGGCAAGUCCCUCCAUCAACCUCUUGAAUCCUGCAGACCACUGUUAAUCUUCUGCCUUAAUUGAGAAUAGAAUAAAGUUUCAUUACUCAAAU